AUGUCGGCGGUGCUUACGGCCACCGCUCAAGCGCUGGUGAGACUACCUCGAGCACUGCGUUUGUUCACUGCGAUCUUGUCCGACUGCUAUCCGAUCUUCGGCUACCGACGCCGUCCGUACCUGAUUCUGGGCUGGCUGCUGACGUUCGUGUGCUGCUUCCUCAUGGCGGUGCUGCCUCUGGGCGAUCCGUACUACCGAGACCCAGCACUCGCUGACAUUGACGAAGACGAGCUUACGGCUGAGCAGCUGGUCAUGAUCAACCACGACGCGCCGGAUAAAGGCAUCAACCUCAUCAUCCUGUUCGUGUUCGCCAACCUGGGCACGGUGAUCUCAUGUUCAUGGUCUUGGCCGCGUUCAUGA